AUGGGAAAAGUAACAAAAAAAGAUGCCAACAAUACUCAACAAAAUGAUCAAAACAAAAAGAAAAGAAAAGGAAGGGAUUUAAAUAUAGAUGAUCGUUCUGUAAGGCGACCAAAGGUUAUUUCUAUACGACGAAAUGAGAUCCCGAUGCUGCCGGAGAUCCAUAUUCCUUCAAAACCGAUUCCUUUAUUAACGUCAAGUAAUAAAUAUAAAUCGGUGAAGAUGCCACUACAAAAUGAUCAAAAUGAUCAGACAUUUUCAAAUGAAGCACAAUCAAAUAAUCUGGCACCUUCAAAUGAUAUGUUACUUUCAGAUGAUCCGUCCCUUUCGAAUGACCAGGCACGUUCGUGUGAUCAGGCACGUUCGGAUAAUCAGGCACUUUCGGAUAAUCAAGCACUUUCGGAAAAUCAAGCACUUUCGGAUAAUCAAGCACUUUCGGAUGAUCAGGAACUUUCGGAUGACCAGGCAAAUUCGAAUGGUCAGGCACGUUCGAAUGGUCAGGCACUUUGGAAUGAUCAGGCAUUUUGGAAUGAUCAGGCAUAUUGGAAUAGUUUUCUGGCACGUUAUCAGGCACAUUCGUAUGAUCAGGCAAGUUUGAAUCUACUACGUCAACCACUUUCAGAUGAUCAACCACGUCCAGAUGAUCAAUCACGUUCAAAUGAUCAACCACGUCCACCACGUCAACCCCGUUCAGACGAUCAACCACGUCCAGAUGAUCAACCACAUCCAGAUAAUCAACCACGUCCAGAUAAUCAAUCGCCUUCAAAUGGUCAAACGCCUUCAAAUGAUCAAGCACGUUCUACAACAGUCACAACCAGCUCAAGGAUUACGAUUACAAUGACAAGCAUCACCACAAACGAUAAUGUUCGUUCCAAUACAACAACUUAUGUUACAACUGAAAUCUUACCUGCAUAA